AGGAAGAGGGGAGUAGAGGAGAGUGGAGGGGUGUUACUGUGUUAGCUUAUAGAGAGGAGAGAAUGGAUAAUAUGCAGGCAGUGAAUAGCUUCGUGGCAGCUUAUCUGAAGAAGAAAGGAUUCAAGGAAGCGGAGCAAUUGUUGGAGGAUCUUCAGAGCAAGGAUUCCGCUCCCAUCGAUUUCCACAACGACCCCGAACUCGCUAAGUUCAUUCACCACUUCUCCCAAUCGGAGGAUGAUGUGGUACGCUACCAGGAUGGAUAUAGCAAACUGAGGUCUUGGACUUAUAGUUCACUAGAUUUAUAUAAGCAUGAGUUGCUUCGUGUGCUUUAUCCUGUCUUUAUACAUUCAUUCAUGGAUCUGGUGGCAAAAGGACAUCUGCAAGAGGCUAGAACAUUUUUUAAUGCCUUUCGUGAAGACCAUGAACUGAUGCACUCACGUGACCUUCAAAAGCUGGAAGGAGUUCUCACUCAGUCUCAUUUGGAGGAGAUGGAAUUUGCUCGUUCUCUUAGGCAGAAUAAAGUUAACAUCAAGAUAUGUCAGUAUUCCUACGACCUUCUGCUGCAGUAUUUGCAUAAAACACAGUCCACUGCUAUGCUUGGGGUUAUUAAUGAACACAUCAACUUCCAAGUUUCUCCUGGACAGCCCACUUCAAUUUCUGAUGAUGCAGAGGUUGUAACACUUAUUGGAAGCUGCCAGGAUGCAGCUAAUCAGAUAAAUCAGAAAGAAAUACAUUGGGGGUUGCUUGAAGACUCCUUAGAAGAACGCUUGGAGAAAGCAGGAGGUUUGCUUUCAGAUUCUGAAAAGACAGAAGGGGAGAACAAAGAGGGGGAUGUAGAUGAGACUAAGAAAAGAUCAGUUGAAGGUGGAAAGCAAGGUGCUUCAACUAAAAAGUUGAAAAAGGACAAAGCUGCUAGUGCAACAGCAAAAAGUGCUCGCCCUGAGGCUAACACCACCUCCACUGCACCCCGAGUAAAACCAGAGCUCCCUUUGCCAGUAAUGCCAACAGAGGUAGAACAGUCAAUUCUUGAGGACUUAAGAAACCGUGUACAGUUGAGUAGUGUUGCAUUGCCAUCUGUCAGCUUUUACACUUUUCUCAACACACAUAACGGUUUGAACUGUUCAUCAAUUUCGCAUGAUGGGUCUUUGGUUGCUGGUGGAUUCUCAGACUCGUCAUUGAAGAUUUGGGAUAUGGCAAAGCUAGGCCAGCAAGCUGGCAGUUCUAUUUUGCAGGGUGAAAAUGAUUCUACUUCAAGUAAACAUGUUGUGGGACCAAAUGGUGUGAAAAGAUCCUAUACAUUGUUGCAGGGUCACUCAGGACCAGUUUAUUCAGCCAACUUUAGUCCUCUUGGGGAUUUUAUUCUUUCCUCUUCUGCAGAUACAACAAUUCGCCUGUGGAGCACAGAACUAAAUGCAAAUCUUGUUUGCUACAAGGGUCAUAAUUAUCCUGUAUGGGAUGUUCAGUUUAGUCCUGUAGGACACUAUUUUGCCAGUGCUUCGCAUGAUCGAACAGCAAGGAUUUGGUCGAUGGAUAAAAUACAACCUAUGAGGAUAAUGGCAGGGCACUUGUCUGAUGUCGAUUGUGUGCAAUGGCAUGCCAACUGCAACUAUAUUGCCACUGGCUCUAGUGACAAAACAGUUAGAUUGUGGGAUGUGCAAAGUGGAGAAUGUGUUCGGAUUUUCAUUGGUCAUAGGAGUAUGAUUUUGUCAUUAGCAAUGUCACCUGACGGUCGAUAUAUGGCAUCUGGUGAUGAAGAUGGCACAAUCAUGAUGUGGGACCUGUCUAGUGGACGCUGCGUUACACCUUUGAUGGGUCACAGCUCGUGUGUGUGGACGCUUGCUUUCAGUUGUGAAGGUUCACUUCUGGCAUCUGGAUCUGCUGAUUGCACUGUAAAAUUGUGGGAUGUAACAACAAGCACAAAGGUCCCAAAGAAUGAAGAAAAGAGUGGAAAUCCAAACAGACUAAGAUCGUUGAAAACCUUGCCAACCAAGCUUACUCCAGUUUAUAGUUUGCGGUUUUCCAGAAGGAAUCUGCUGUUUGCAGCUGGGGCGCUCUCUAAGAACCAGUAAAUCGUCCAUGUAAGAGUAACAUUACACAGCUAUGGAGGUCAACCUACUUCACACUGUAGAAGAUGUUGACUAGCAAGCCUCUUGCAUCUGUUAAAGUAUUGGUGAAUUAGCGUUUCCUAACUCUUUGAUACCAUGUAAUAUUGUACUUGAAUAUGAAAGAAUGGGUAGUUAUUUGCUAUUUGUAAACCCUUAUUAGUUGUCAAGGUGCACCAGCUCUUCUGAAUAUUGAUUAUUCAGUCAUAAA